AGCAUUUUUUUGAAACUUCUACUGCUCUUAUCCUGAUCCCUCAUGAAAUAGAAUAUGAUAAAGAGAAAACAGAUGAUAAUGAUGAUGAUAAAAUAAAAUACGAUGAUAAGGAAAUACUAGAAGAUGUUCAAUUUGUAUCAAAAUUAGGUUUGAAUAGUGAGGAAACUGUAGAAAAGGAAGUUCUUGAAAGACAUUGUGAUAACUUGGAAAGAAGUAAUAUAAAUGAAAACCUUGAUGACCAAUUUACUACAUAUCGUGCUAUGAGGGAAGCAUAUAAAAAUAAUAUUCAAAUGGCAAAAAAGUCUGAUCGAUCUGCAUUUCAUGUUUUGUCUUUUGAUUUCGCUCAAAACAUUGAGCUACCUCAUGAUCCUCAACAACCAGAAAGGUGGUAUUAUUCAUCAUUAUUAAAAGACGAAUUUCAAUUAUUCAAACCAAAUACCAAUACUAGAAGUCUAAAUUCUCAAGAGCUUGUGCCAAAAGGUCUUUUGGAAGAAAAACAAGGUUGGAAAUCAGAAAAGG